CACUGACUUUAACUUCAUUUAAAAACUUGGCGAUUACAUCCUUCACGUCUAAACAAAAUCUGUCGACUUCCACGCAACAACAAACGUAGAAUUAUAUAGGAUACCGCAAAUUAUUGAGUCUGAGGAAGGAUAAAAUGUCAAAGAUUUUCUUUAUUGUGCUUAUGAUGCUGUGGUUCAUGAAAUGUUUCAGAUGCCAGAAAAUCGUUACCUCUGAAAUUGGAUCCGAUACCUGCAUAUCAUUUUCGAGACCUUCUCUUAGCUAUGGAGAAAAAGCGAUAAUUAUAAGAGACGAAGCACAACUUUGUGUAAAAUAUAGUAAUCAAAAUAUAUUACUAGAUCCAAAUGCUUGGAAUAGGAUAUUUUCUUGCAACGAGAGUAGUUGGCAAUUGGCAAUUUGUUUCACGAAUACCAAGGUCUCUGAUGCCGGGGGAUUUUAUCUAAGCAAUGAAGACGGCAAUGUCACACUAGAAAAGUAUACUCUAAAUGUUGAAUAUCCCCCAAAUGUGUCUACAAUGAAUGAACAGAAGGUAAUUGAAGGUGACUAUUUUUCCGUCUUGUGUAACUACACCGAGGGAAACCCACCAUCUACAACAGUGUAUUGGACCAAGGACGAUCCAUACUUCAGACAAAAUCAACGACAUCUCACUAUAACAAAUGUUAAAAGAAGAGAUUCGGGGACAUAUGUGUGUUUUGCAGAGAACACUUACAGUAGCGGAAGGAGAGGAACCUCCAAUAAUACAAUGGAGCUAGAUGUACAGU